UUCAUGACAUGAGUUGAGAGUUGAAUUUUGAUAGAACAAGUGGCAAGUGCUGAAGCUCGCAAUGAAGUUGUAUAAAAAAUAAAAAUAUUCAAUAUGGCUACAGAUCAUACGACGUGAGCUGUCAGCUGUAGUAAUUAUUGUUUCUUUGUGUUAAUUACGCGUUAAAAAUGUUAUGAUUAUUCCGUGUUAUCGAAUAUGGGUGCGAAAGAUUCAAAACCUAGUUUUAUAUCUUACGAAGAUGCGACGAAGAGAGUAAGCGAGAGUGAAUUACGACGUAUUCGUGAAGCGUUUAAGAGAUGUGCCGGUACAAGUGGGACGGCCUUGAGCCUGGAAGCGUUCGUCCAUGAAGUGCUAUGUGACGGAGUACCUUACGAAGUGGCAGAGUGGUUGUACCAGGCUUGUGGUGGUACAAAGCGAGGGAUCAUAUUCCGGGACCUUCUGUGCGGUAUCGUCGUGUUGACGAAAGGAAAUCUAGAGGAGAAAAUCAAGUUCCUAUGGACCCUCUAUGUAAAUAAUCAAAGUGAGAAUGGCACAUACAUCUACAAGCGCGACUUUGCUCGCGCAUUACAACUUGAGAACACAUCUCUGCCGGUAUCCGGGUCCCAUCGGUCUGCGGAUAUCCUCACCAGCUUAUUUGGACUUGGUGAACGAGUGACAUUCGAACAGUUCCGAUCAUGGUUGCUUAUACAUAAAGAUGCCACGGUAUUAUCAAAAUGGCUGCUAUCAGAUCGUGGUAGUAUAUCACAUGAUUUGGAAACACCGACUUUUUAUCAAAGUCUAGCUGGUGUCACACAUUUGGAAGAGCGGGACAUAAUAGAGCUAGAGAAAUGCUUCUGGUCACUACGCAGCAACGCUUCAAGCGGACAACUGGACGGGGCGGGGCUACGUGCUCUUCUAGCCCCGCCCCUACCCGCCGCCGCAUUGCCCGGUGUGCUGCGAGCUCUGGAUGAGAACAGAGAUGGGCAUGUGGAUUUUAAAGAACUCUGCUGUGGACUCAGCGCAGCCUGUAGAGGACCACGCACCGAGAGACUUAAAUUCUGUUUCAAAAUCUUCGACCUUGAUCGAGAUGGUGUUUUAAACAAGAAGGAACUGAUCGACAUGGUGGGAAUACUCUGUACUGUAGCCAAUGAGUCUCUCAAACAGCAGAACUCCAGAGCAUCAACACCAUCCGAUGAAUCCGAAGCAGAGAAGAGCUUUGAUCCUGAAGUAGUACUCCUAAACCUGAGGGAUAAACUGGUCAGUUUACCCAAGAAUGGUAACAAACCCAUCUUUCAGCUCGGACCUAAUAAUUCUGUUGAUGAAAGUCAGAAAAUUGAAGAGGAAUUGGUUGAUAUAAAAGAGGAUUCGGAUUGCGAUGGUCUGAUCGCAUCAGACGCGGCGCUGACAUCUGAGGAGUUUCUGAUGUGGGCGGUGGAGCGCGCAGAGCGGCUGCUCACUCCGCUCCUGGAGCUGCUGUUUGAUGUCUGCCAUGUCGUGCUCGGCCUCAGACCUCAAUGCAGGCAUCACGAGAGAGACAUAGUGAUCCGGUGGCUGCGUCGUGAGACAGCUCGCGGGUACUCGGUGGGUCAGUUCUGGUACCUAGUAGGCAGUGAGUGGUGGGCGGCGUGGGCUGCCUACACUGCGGCCGGGGACAGCUGUUGCCGGAACUCCCCCCGAGCUAUAGAUGAUGCUAUCGUCUGUGAUGAGAGCUUCACUAGUAAUUCUACAGAGUCAAUGGGGUCGCUGCUGUGGCGUGCGGAGACGUCCUCCCUGGGCAGCGGCAGCGCGGGCAGUAGCAGCGGCGUGAGCAGUGCGCCUGCACAUCGCUCGCCGCCUCAUCCCGGACCCAUCGACAACAGGCGUCUGCUGGCCAGGGACGAACUUAAGGUGCGUACGCUGACUGGCGAGGGCGGACACUUGCGGCGUGACGUCACACUCGCGCAGCACAGGGACUUCGAGCUGCUGCCCGACUCGCUCUGGCGCGCAAUGGCGCUCUGGUACGGCGGACCUGACCCUCUGCCAAGACAGGUGAUCAGACCUCCAAAUUCGGAUGUUGAAAUGGAACUUUACCCGCUGCAGCUGAAGAUACUGCGACACGUGCCAAGUACACCACGAAUGAAUGUGGGCGGUGUGGGGGCGGGUGUGGGCGGGGCGGGCGCGGCGCUGUACAGCAGCGUGCCGGCCGCGCCUGCACCGCCCGACACACAGCUCGCGUACACAGCCGCCUUCUCCCGCCUCGCCACUGUCAAACAGGUGACGGAGUUCCUAUGCGAGGCGCUAGGUCUGGCUCGCGAGGACGUGCGGCUGUGGUCAGUGGGGGGCGGGGCCGGCGGCGGUGGGGGCGGGGCGUUGCUGCUGGACGACGAGCGUCCGUCACUGCACGAACUGCGUCUGCAUGAACGAGACCGCUCCCGGCUGCUGCUGGAGCUGCGUAACCCAGAUCUCACCUGGCCUGAGGAGAUAGGCGCGCUCAGUAUGAGCGGUGGUCGCGGCGUGGAGCGUCGCGAGACACUGUCUGCGCCGGACGUGGCGGGCGCCACCGGGCUGCACAACCUCGGCAAUACAUGCUUCAUGAAUGCCGCGCUGCAGUCUGUGUGGAACACGGGCCCACUGACACGGUACUUCAACUCCGGCAUGCAUUUGUACGAGGUGAACACUACUAACCCCCUCGGCACCAAGGGCGCCCUGGCGCUGCGCUACGGCGAACUAUGUAAAGAGGUGUGGUCGUGCAGCGCGCGGUCUGUGGCACCGCUGCGCGUGCGCUGGUGUGUGUCGCGACACGCACGUGGGCUUGCGGGCGGCGGACAGCACGACGCGCAGGAGCUGCUGGCCUGGCUGCUGGACGCGUUGCACGAGGACCUCAACCGUGCCGCCCCGCCCCGCCCACUGCCUGCCCCGCCCCCGCCCUCGCCUCCGCCACAAGACACAGACACGCCCCCGCCUACCAGGCCGGACCAGGAGGUGGCUGCGGAGGCGUGGGCGCAGUUCACGGCGUCCAAUGACUCGAUAAUGACGGACCUGUUCUACGGCCAGCUCAAGUCUAAGGUGCGGUGUGACGCGUGCGGCCGCGAGUCUGUGCGCUUCGACACAUUCAAUAUGCUCAGUCUGCCGCUGCCCAUGGAGUCCUUUGUACGCUGCGAGGUCAGAGUAAUAUUAUUGAAUGGCUCUGUUCCUGUGAAGUACGGUCUGCGGGUGAACUCUGAAGGCACGUAUUUGGAUUUAAAGAAGAAACUAUCAGAACUUUGCGGAUUGCCGCCUGAAUGCAUGUUGGUGGCGCUAGUGUCGGGGGCGACAAUAUCGCGGCUGCCGGAGGACGGCGCCAAACUGACUGCGAGCGGCGCCACUGAGCUCUUCGCUUACGAGAUACCUGCACCACAACACGACAUGCAUGAGUGGAGCGGCGCCGGCGUGUGGUGCGAGGGGGGCGGGGCGGAGGGCGUGUCCGGGGGCGGGGCGUGCGGCGGCGCGGGGGCUGCGGGGGGAGCGGGCUCGGUGAGUGUGCGCGCCGCCUCGCUCUGCAUGCCCGCGCUCUUCUGCUUCAAGCGUUCGAGAUCGGAAAUUCUUAUGUCCCAGAGUCCGCCGAGCACGUUCCACAGCGCGGGGGCGGAGCUGGAGGGCGAGGGGCGGAGUCACACGUUGCCGCGCGGCGCGGGGGGGAGGCGCUCGCUCACACUGCCGCCCCCCGCACCGACACUCUCCAAGGUCAAGUUCGCCUCCUCUCCCUCUCACAUGUACAACAUGGAUGAGAUAGAUGGACCACCUAUUCAGUAUUUGGUUGCUGUACACAGGAAGCAGUGCCGCGCGGACGCGUUCUUCCUGUCGUGGCAGCGCGUGCGGCCGGCGCUGUUCGGCGUGCCGCUGGUGGUGGCGGUGCGCGCGGGCGAGCCGGGCCGCGAGCUGUACGCGCGCGUCUGGGCACAGCUGGCGCGUCUGCUCUCCCCGCGACCGCCCCGCCCGCCUCACCCCUCACACCCCUCACACGCCGCCAGGGACCUCUCCAACCACGCCGCUGACUGUGACGACAGUCUGGGGUACGAGUUCCCGUUCACGCUGCGUCUGGUGUGCGGGUCUGGUGCGUGGUGCGCGCUGUGCGCCUGGCCCGCACUCUGCCGCGGCUGUGCGCUGCCCAGCGACCACAAGCCGCUGCUGCGUGACCCGCACACACACGAACACGAACACGAACACGAGCACGAGCACGCAGACACGUACGCGGAUACACACAUAUACGAGUCGCAGGUGUCAGUGGACAGCGGGUGUGGUCUGGCAGGCGGGUCUCCGGCAGCACGCGCCAAGCUGCAGCGACAGACUAGCGCCAGACUAACUGCUGACGUCUCGGGAGAUGUGGGAUGCGGCGAGGUGUCGUAUUUAUCAAUGGGGGCGCUACGAGCGGCGCGCAGACGUGGCUUGCUGCUCGCCAUAGACUGGGAACCCACCGCGCUACAUCUCAGAUACCAGGCCACCAGAGAGAGGGCAUGGGUGGAGCACUCGUCAGUGGCGGAGUGCGGUGCAGCAUCAGCGCGGCCGGUGGACCUGGCGAGCUGCCUGGCCGCCUUCACGUCUGAGGAGCGGCUGGAGCAGCGCUACCACUGCGACCACUGCCGCACCGCGCAGCCCGCCACCAAGAAGCUGCAGAUCUGGCGCGCACCUCCCAUACUGAUUAUUCAUCUCAAACGUUUCCAAUACGUGAACAACAAAUGGAUUAAAUCCCAAAAAGUGGUCAACUUCCCGUUCGAAGACUUCGAUCCUACACCGUACCUCGCCUCAGUGCCGCAAGAGACCAUCCUCAGGCAUCGUGAGCUGAAGAGCAUGAGACGAAGAUCCUCCAUGUUUGUUGACGUCGAAGGUCCCAUAUCGGAGACGGAGAGCGAGAAUUCUGAUGAGGAAGAUGAGAGUAGCAGAGAAGAAGCUCCGAGUAAGAGUAACGUUGAGAGGCGACGGGAGUCAGUGGAGUUGAAGGGGCGGGCGCGGCUGCAGUCCACCAGUCUGACGGCAACCCCAGUCACUGAUGAUAAUCUGGUGGAUUACCACCAGCACCACCUCGAGAAGGAGCAGGAUCCUUUCGAUUUGAAGUACAAGUUGUAUGCUGUUGUGUCGCACACGGGGCAGCUGCACGGCGGUCACUACGUGGCGUACGCGCACAACCCCUCGGGCGCGUGGCUCUGCUACAACGACAGCUCGUGUCGCGCUGUGGGCGCGCGCGACGUGCAGCCAGCCGCCGCGUACCUGCUGUUCUACGAGAGACGCGGACUUGACUACGGGCGCUACCUGCCUGCGCGUGCGCACCACCCCGCACCCGCACCACCACCAGACGCAGACGACGCGGAUAUGCGCAACAUGUGCGUGCUCGCAUGACCUAAACAACCUUAAACUAAUGCCUACUUUACAUUACUACAGAAUAAGACAUUAGCACUCAAAAUCGGCUUAAUGUAAAUACUAGCUGUCAUUGCGCUACUGUCUUACUGUACUGGCAUAAAGGAUAUAACAGCAUCCUAAACAUGUAUAACUCGUAUGUCACCGUUAUCUUGCAUGUGACGUCAUCAACGCCAUUAAAGAUGGCGCCCAAAGUAAUAUAUGAGGUACAGCUACAGUAUGAUGUUAUUUUGUGCUAAUCCUAAAUCUGGUCAUAUUAUAGAGUUGACUUACCAAUUUGUACAGUCGCGAACAAUCGUUGGAUAUGUACAUUUGUAUUAUCAUAUAAGAACUUGUUCAACGAUCUUUUUCAAAAUACAAUUGAGAAGAAUUAUCAACAGCGAUAUUUUGCUAUAAGUUUCUCAAAUUAUAUGUAAUUUACUUUGUGAUUGUACACAAGGAACUGAUGGAUAUAGUAUUUUUUUCGUUCUAUAGACACGGAAUGAAGUAAACAUCAUAAAAUUGAAUAUAUUUCAAUAAUUUAAUAAAAAUAAUAAUAAAUCAGAAAUGUU